AUUCAUAAACAUGGUGAAAGAGAAGGCAGAAAACGGGCAUUCAGAGUGUUGAGUGGUGUCCGAGCAUGCGCAUUAGGUCCCACCGGUGUCGGCUGAGAGACGCGGGGAGCGGACAGCAGAGUGAACCCUGGACGCCGACACUGCGAUGAAGGGUCUGUCUAAUCUUCCAACACACAGGAGGUCAGAGGUCACCCAGGCCAGGUUGGAGGGUGAAGGAGAGUCUCUAGACCCUGACCCUUGGACAUCCAGUGGCAGUCAAGGUCCUUCUCCGGUCCGGUCGGCCCCUGGUCCCCCCUUGAUCACCAGCCUUCAGACGAACCAGGAGCACAGGAACGCAAGACCACGAGACCCCCUAAACCACAGCAUAAUACACCAGGAUGCUAUAAACCCAAACCUCAUACAGCAGUAUGCUAUACACAAUGACAACUCCAACACUGUAUACCAGGACCCUGUAAGCCACAACAUGGUAUACCAGGACCCUGUAAGCCACAACAUGGUAUACCAGGACCCUAUAAACCACAACACUGUAUACCAGGACCCUGUAAGCCACAACAUGGUAUACCAGGACCCUGUAAGCCCCAACAUGAUAUACCAGGACCCUGUAAACCACAAUAAUGUAUACCAGGACCCUAUAAACCACAACACUGUAUACCAGGACCCUGUAAGCCACAACAUGGAAUACCAGGACCCUAUAAACCAAAACACUAUAUACCAGGACCCUAUAAACCACAAAACCGUUUACCAUGACCCUAUUAACCCAAACAGUGUAUACCAGGACCCUUCAAACCGCAACAUCAUAUACCAGGACCCUCUAAACCAUAACACCAUUUACCAGGAGCCCAUUAACCAGGACCCUAUUAACCAUAACAUAUAUCAGGAACCUAUAAACCAUGAGAACCCCAACCCGAUAUACCACAACCCCGUUUGCCAGGAACAAGUAAGCCAGGACUCGGUUGCCUUCCUCUAUCAGGACUUAUCAGGAAACAGCUACACAGCGGUCCGCAGGUCAGCGCUCUGGCCCACUAGGUACCGGUCCAGGUUGCUGCCUGGGGAGAACCAGCCUCUGGAUGUGGGGCUCCUCCGCAGAGUGAAGGAGGUGCUGGAGGGCGUGGAGCCCAGGACCGCUGCUCAACACAUCACCCGGGCCGACUGCAUGGUGGCAGGCAUCGUGGAGGUGAGGGUGGAGGACCAGAGGAGGAUGGGUGUAGCGUCGGGGGUGGAGUUACUGACCCUAGCCCACGGACACCAGCUCCGCCUGGACCUUCUGGAGAGGUACCAGACCAUGUCAGUGGUGCUGGCGGUGUUUAUUCUGGGAUGUACAGGGAGCCCUGAGGAGAGGGCGGCUCUGCUGCAUAAAGCCAUCCAGAUCGCUGCCCAGCUGAAGAGCAGCAUGGGGAACAUGUUCGGGUUCUCUGCUGUCAUGAGGGCCCUGGAGCUCCCUCAGGUUGCUAGGCUAAAGCAGACGUGGACGGUGCUACGCCAGCGGUACACAGAGUGCUCCGUUCUCUACCAACACAACCUCAGACCCUUCCUCAAGGCCCUGGAUCAAGGGAAAGAGAGCACCCAGCUGACAGGGACCUCCUUUCCCCACAUCAUACCCCUGCUGCUCCUCCUCGAGAGGAGAACAGCCUUAGGGGAGGGGGCGUGGCAGGUCGACGGGGAGGAGUCCUGGGAGGGGGAGGAAUCCUGGGAGGGGGAGGAGUCCUUGGAGGCUGAGGGAUCGGGUGUGGACGCGGUCAUGAGUCACCUGGCGGCGGCUCGUACCAUAGCACAGCUGGGCAGGAUCUACUGUGCUAAUGCUGACAUUAAGAUUAUGGGUCUGCGGGAGCAGGCAGAGGUGUCGGAGGUCUUCCAGACCGACUUCCAGACGCGGCUGCUGUGGGGCAGCGGCGGGGCGGGCCAGGACCCGGCCCAGCGGUACGCCAAGUACCACUCUGUCCUGACCACUCUGUCCCACCACCUGGAGCCCCCCAGUCACUUACCCCCUGGAGCCCCCCCAGACACUGACCCCCUGUCCCCCCCAGACACUGACUCCCUGGACCCCCCCAGACACUGACCCCCUGUCCCCCCCAGACACUGACUCCCUGGACCCCCAGACACUGACCCCCUGGACCCCCCCAGACAAUGACCCCUUUGAGCCCCCAGACACUGACUCCCUGGACCCCCCCAGACACUGACUCCCUGGACCCCCCCAGACACUGACUCCCUGGACCCCCCCAGACACUGACUCCCUGGACCCCCCCAGACACUGACUCCCUGGACCCCCCCAGACACUGACUCCCUGGACCCCCCCAGACACUGACUCCCUGGACCCCCCCAGACACCGACCCCCUGGAGCCCCCGGACACUGGCUCCAGGGGGUCACCCCUGGAAGCACUGACCGACUGCUGUGUUUGGAUAUCCACACAACAGCUUUUAGUAGAACUUUUCACUGUGUGCGUGUGCCGUAUGUCGUUUUCCAGCCUGAUCAAAUCACCUCACAGGUUCAAGUCAAUGUCAUAAUAGUGGUUUUCUCCCUGGGUGUCGGCCAAGUUUGAAGAACAGUGUGUGUGUUUGUUAAGUUAUGGUGUGUUCAGUGUAGGCCUACAGGGUAACUCUUUGAUGUGGCUGUUGUGUUCAGCAUCCCCUGCAUGCCUUUACGAUUGCAAUACAAUUUACGGCUACAAUACGAUGUUAUUCAGUUGGUUAACUGAAUUAAAAAUGUUGAUAAAUUCAGUAAAACCUUUUUUAACUAAAUCUUCCAGCUUGGGACAUUAAAAAUGCUUACUCCUUUCAAUUCCAAAACGGAUGUGUCCAUGAGCUAGGCUUAUUUUGUAUUUAAAGGUCCCAUGGCCAUGAACAUUUCACUUUAUUAGGAUUUCUAACAUUAAUAUGUGUUCCCCUAGCCUGCCUAUGGUCCCCCAUUAGCUAGAAAUGGUUAGGUGUAAAACAAGCACUAGGUAUCCUGCUCCGUCUUUGAAAAAUAAAAACCUCAGAUUUCGAAUAUGACCCCAUAUGGCGUCAUAAGGGGCCAAGUUACCUCCCCUUUCUCUGCCUUGCCCACCCAGAGAAUUUGGCCCGCCAAUGAGACAAUGAGCUACGACGAGCAAGCGCCACGUGUGUGUGUGUGUGUGUGUGUGUGUGUUAUAGUUAAGUUCAAGUGCCUCGUUCUGUUGCUACCCGAAUAGCGUAGCUGUGACUCUGUCAAUAAUAAAUCGUCUUCUGAUUAGAAAUAAACCUGCAUUCCAUGUGUGAUCUGUCCAUAGCUGAAUGCGGUAGCCUACGCUACUAUGCUGCUUUGACAUUAAGCAUGUUGGUGUUAAACAUGUAAUUUGUAGUGUAAAACAUUCUAAAACUGGUGUAAAAUGUUGCUGGCCAUAUUAACACGAAAAACAUGAAUGUUGCGCAGCAUUUAUUAUGACGUCAUCAUAUAGACUUUCUCA